GGACUGCCAGUCUGCAGUUCUACGUGCUUUUGUUUCCAGCAGACGCCACCAGUAGUGGCGAUUGCGAAUUUGCAAUAUCGUGAUUAGAUUCAGCGAAAAUGGCCGACCAAGCCAACGUUAAGAGUUUCUUGAAACAACCCACUAUUUUCCUAAAUAGGAAAAAAUCAGCUUCUAAGGGCCGCAAAUCAUUGAGGUACACUCGUGAAGUUGGACUUGGAUUCAAAACUCCUCGUGAGGCUUUGGAAGGAACAUAUAUUGACAAAAAAUGUCCCUUCACUGGAGAUGUGUCCAUUCGUGGACGUAUCCUCACUGGGGUAGUUAUUAAGCAAAAAAUGCAGCGCACAAUUGUUGUCCGAAGAGAUUAUUUGCAUUACAUUCGCAAAUAUAAUAGAUUUGAAAAGAGACAUCGUAAUAUGAGUGUACAUUUAUCACCCUGCUUUAGAGAUGUUGAGAUUGGAGAUGUUGUUACUAUUGGUGAAUGCAGACCUUUGAGUAAAACUGUAAGGUUUAAUGUAUUAAAAGUAACCAAAGGAACAAGCGCUAAGAAAAGCUUUAAAAAGUUUUAGAUGUACACAAAUAAUUUUGAGUCAACCCAAUUAGCCACUUUAAUGGGUUAAAACCAUUGCUUAUAAUUGUUUAGAAAAAACUAAUUUAAUUUAAAAAUUAAAUUUUACCGCUAUAGGUAUUAUUGCCAGGAUAAUGUAGUUAACACUUUUUGUACCGAUUAAACCACAAAAAAUAAAAUCUGUACAUCUGCAAGACAA